UCCUCUCGUCAGCAAAUAUGGCUGCCGCCUCUCUGCCCAAAGCAGCAAAAGAUGAACCCCAAAUUAUGAUCAAAACUGAACCAGAAUACGCGGAUAAUCAUGAUUUACUCACUGCUGGGCACGUCCCAACUAAGCGAGACCCGGUAGUCCCUCUGACGUCGCCGGUAAGUGGGCAGCAGCCCCUCGCCUGGUCGCCGGAUCACCGCCUGUCAGUGUGUACCGCCAGUUCCCUGUCGGUGAUGGAGCAGCUGUGUGAUGUUCACAGCAACAAACAGCAUCUGAUGCUGCUCCGGACGUCCAUCCCUGUCCCGGCCGAGCCAGUCAAAAUGCGGGUGGGACCAUCAGCAGAGCUGGCUGAAGCGAUGAAGAAGUUCUCCACUCACCCUGACCUCACACUGAGGCAGGCAUUUCUGACCGACAGAGUGAUCCAUCCGUCGGUUGGCUCCCACAAAGGAAUAAAGUAUGCAAGUUGGUCGCCUUUAGGUUGUGACGCCACCGGACGCUGUCUCCUUGCUUGUUUAACACUUGAAAACAGGCUUACCAUCCAUCAUAACAGUAAGCGCCUAGAGUGGAACUUGCUGGUCGAUCUCACCCAAAAGUACGGUGAGCUGCUGAUAGAGCGAGGCUACGCCAAGAAAGACAGGCCGACCGAGGCCAACCUGUUGGACUUUGAGGAGUUUCAGCGGCGUUUCCGCAUGCAGACGCCUGUGAGGAUGGAGUGGUCAAGCACGUACACGUUCAAGCAGGUUCAACCGGAUAACACCUGCGUGGAUGUGGAGAUGGUCCUCCUCGCCGUGUUGAUGGAAAACGGUGACCUUGUUUUGUGGAAAUUCUUGCUGCCCUUUACGGAUGGCGAGGAUGUGUUGUUUUUGGACCUCAUUGAGUCCGGCGUGACGCGGCCCAGUGACUUGGCGUGGUGGGAGUACAAAUAUGAGGAUCGUCAGAUGAGCGGACUGAUCAUUGGCAGCGAGGAAGGGCCUCUUAAGAUCUUUCCCGUCCCCCUUAAAAGCGUGAAAGGCUACUUCACCCUCAGACACCCAGUCAUCCUGUGGAAAGAAUGUGACAAUAUCGCAGUUGACAACAUCCGGUGCGUUCCGCUGAUGCAUCCGGUCCAUAAAGCUAGCUGCAGCCUGAUCGUGGCGUCUCGAGGCUGCUACAUUUUCUGGUGUUUGCUUGUGGUUUCAACCGCCGGGAUGAAUGUGUUCAACUCUCACAUAGCAGGACUCCACUCGCUCUCUGUGGUGUCUCUGACGGUCGAUCGACAGAGCAUGGACUUCUACUGCUGUUCCAUGGAUGGCUGGAUUAAAAAACUGACCCCGAUGUUUCAGGGGAACUCUCUGACGUUCAAGCAGGAAGACAUGCCGCGACUUGAGAACCUCACCGGCAGACGGAUCCACGGGAUAGCGGUGAGCCCCAACGGAGCAUACAUUGCUCUUCUUAGCACCCAGGGUUUCGUUGGUAAACAUCACCCCAUCAACAGGACUUACCAGGUCCACUUUGUGACUCUGAAAUCAGCAGAGGCUGCUACAGAGCUGCUGUUAAAGUCCCCCUCUCAGAACUUGUAUAAAAUGAUGGACCUGCUGGACUUGGUGAGGUGGCACGUUCUCAAAAGCAGUUGCAUUCCCAUGUGGCUGCAAGAGGCGCUGGAUCAGAAACUCCAGGAGGCAGAUGUACCCUACUUGUGGCGCUUCCAGCUCUUCUUGGUACGUGUAUUGUACCAGACGGUACAAUCUCCUCGUGGCAGUAAUAUCUGGAAACCUCAACCCAGGGAAGCCCAGAUCGCUGAAGGAAAUGCGGAGGAAGGCGUCAGAGAAGAGGGUGAGGCUGCGCAAACAGGAGCAUGUGAGUGUGGACCAGUCAAACAGGUGAAGGAGGAGGAGCAGAGGGCUACGCUGCAGGCCAGCAUCCACGCAGCCGAGGCCCACCUGUUGAGGGAGAAUAUGAAGAAAGUGUUGGGGGUGGUGUACCUCAACACCUCCGUCGGACAAAACACCAGCAUCCCCACCUGCGGCCUGAUGGAGUAUCUUUCUAGAGGUGUGAACGACCGAGCGUCAGAGGUGCUGAUCGGCCACAUCAAGAAUAAAAUGAAUAAGCAGGCGUUCUCUGAGCGCUGCGCCCUCUGUCAGGCCGUGCUGCCCUUCACCGACCACAAAGACGCCACGUGUGGAAAUGGACACUUGUGGCACAGGUGUGUGUUGUCAUACCAGGCCUGCCAAACGCUGACGUUCAGACGCUGCCUCCUGCUGGAUAGCAUCGCCAGACUGCCAGAGCCUGAGGAUCCAGAGUGGAUAAAGAAGAUCCUGCAGGCGCCCUGCAUGCUCUGUGAUUCACCGCUGAUGGAGAACUGACAAACCUCUCCGCUUCCCUUCCCACAUCCUCACUUUGCAAACAACAAGUCGGAGCUACUAAAACUAUUAUUUGUUUUAAUUAAAUUAUGCUGUUGUUUUUGUAUUACUUUAGAUGAAUAUGCUAAGGUGCAAAUAAAACCCUUUUGCUACUCAAUAGAAGUGUUACUGAAGCCCGAAGCUCCAAAUCUCGUGGAGAAACUCCUGCUGUGCCUUUAAAUGAAUGUUUUAUCUUUGUGAAACAUUUCUGAGUCAAACUUUUCUUCAUUCUAAAUUAAAUCCAAGUGAGGCGGGGUUUGUGCAGAAACAAAGAUUAAAAUAUUGUUAUAUGUAUAGACCUUUAUUAUUCAGUUGGACUUCACGUCUCCAUAAAUAAACUGCCUCAUUUUCCUCAUGUAGGCUUUACUUCAAGACCUUUGGUGUAGUUUAUAUUACGAGGAAGAGGAACUCAAUCGGAGUCCUAUUUUAGUUAGUUUUUCCUGUCUCUUUUUCACCGCAACAAAUAAUAGAGUGUGAAUAAUACAUAUUCUGGGGGAAAAAAAACUCAACAUACCUACUUUAAUUGGCACUGUAAAACAAUUUCUAGGCUCU